GAGCACACCUGUAAAGAAAUAUCUUUGAAUAUAAUUAAUAAAAAAAAAAAAAAAAAAAAAAAACUUGGUUCCUGGAGUCUGUGAGCUACAAGCAGAAAAUAAACAAGCUAACCCUGGACUCUGAUCUCUUGACAGAAGACAGCAUACCCAGAGUUUUGUUUCAAUAUUAUAUAACAUAAAUUAUAAAUAAACAAAUAUUAACACAAAAAAACCCAGCUUUUGAUUCUUGGACCCUGUUUGAUCUACAAACCCUGGAUCCUGCGAUGCCCCCCUUGGUGUUCACUCCAGAGCAGGUGGCCUGCGUGUGCGAGGUGCUGCAGAGAGGGGGCAGCAUGGAGCGGCUGGGGCACUUCCUGUGCUCCCUGCCGGCCUGUGAUUGGCUGCAGCAUGACGAGAGCGUGCUGAAGGCGCGGGCUCUGCUGGCGUUUCACUGCGGGGAGUUUGGGGAGCUGUACCGCCUGCUGCAGAGUCGGCCCUUCUCCCCCAACAGCCACCCCGCCCUGCAGCAGCUGUGGCUCCAAGCUCACUACCUGCAGGCAGAGAGGCUGAGGGGCCGGCCGCUGGGGGCCGUCGGCAAGCACCGCGUGCGCAGGAAGCACCCCCUGCCCCUCACUAUCUGGGACGGGGAGGAGACCAGCUACUGCUUCAAGGAGAGGUCAGUGCAAGGACUCCUGACAAUGAGAGACUUACUCUGGGGACCCCUCUCUCUCCCGUCCUCGACCGGGAGCUGGCCCCGACUGGCGGGGUGUCCAGUCGUUCUGACCAAGUUCAGCAACUGCCAAGUCUCUCGGCAGAGAGACGUUGCUGCCAACGACAGGGGACAGGUGAGGAGCCCUGCUGAAAAGAGAGACAGGGACUUUUAA